CUUCUGAAAUCUUUACAAUACCGAGUGGGGCAAACUUUCACGUCGAUAUAUAAAACCAACGGAACAUAUUAAGUGUAUUACUUUUCUUUUAACUGAUGGUCAAAGCUGGUGUGUCGAAAUUUCGUGUCUGGAUGCAAUCGUAACGUGCGAUCGAAAAACGAGUGUUGUGCUAAUAAGGAUUGCAUUUGGUUUUGUGCCCUAUUUCUUUUUUAUUGGACUUAAAAAAAAAUAAAUUGGAUUAUAUUACAUUUCUACAAAGUUAGAAUCCUCACCGAAUAGUUCCAUUAAAGCAGCAGCAAGUGCACCUUAUGUAGUUGAGGCAUACACAAAUCUUAAGGUAAUAUUUAAUACAAGGAAGCGGCUAACCUGGCGGAACCAACAUGACAAGGUCGCGGAUGCUGAACACAUACACAGUUACAUUGGCAGUAUUUUUAAUAGGGAGAAUUAAUUGUGACGCUCCUCUAACCGACUCAGCAUCCUUACCUUUGGAGCACAGAGCCGUAUAUGGACCACCCCUCUCAGGUCCUGGUUAUGCACCUCAGUCCCUCGCCUCUCUUGGAGGAGCGGGUGGAGGAGGAGGAGGUGGUGGUGGCGAUGAUGAUCCUUGGCCCCUAGCAACACCCGAUAUGCCUCAAAUCAAACAUUUACAAGUCCAGUGCGAGAAAACACAUAUGCGUGUCAAUAUUGAGUUCGACAGGCCGUUUUAUGGAAUGAUUUUCUCAAAAGGAUUCUACAGUGAUUCUCAUUGCGUUCAUCUUAAACCAGGCACAGGGCACCUAAGCGCGACAUUUGAAAUCUUCCUGAACAGUUGUGGUAUGUCUUCGUCAGCUAACCAUAACGCUGGUAGUUAUGGUGGACCUACUCCGAGUGGUAGCUAUGUGGAGAAUACCAUUAUUAUCCAAUACGAUCCUUACGUUCAAGAAGUCUGGGAUCAAGCAAGGAAACUUAGAUGUACUUGGUACGAUUUUUACGAAAAAGCAGUUACUUUCCGACCAUUCCAAGUUGACAUGUUGCAUGCUGUUACAGCCAAUUUCCUCGGGGAUAAUUUACAAUGCUGGAUGCAGAUCCAGGUAGGAAAAGGUCCGUGGGCUUCAGAGGUUUCAGGAAUUGUAAAAAUUGGCCAAACUAUGACAAUGGUGCUUGCCAUAAAAGAUGAUGAAAACAAAUUUGAUAUGCUUGUUCGCAACUGCGUAGCUCAUGAUGGAAAACGUGCUCCAAUACAACUGGUAGAUCAAUACGGUUGCGUUGUCAGACCGAAAAUCAUGAGUAAAUUCCAAAAGAUUAAGAACUUUGGACCUUCUGCCUCAGUCGUAUCAUUUGCCUACUUCCAGGCGUUUAAAUUCCCCGAUUCCAUGAACGUUCACUUCCAAUGUGUCAUUCAAGUAUGUAGAUACAAUUGUCCAGAGCCCAAGUGCGGUGGACAUGGUCUAGGUUUGGAAUAUGGCACACCAGCUUUGGCUGGAAACACUAUUGGAGGUGAUUAUGCUCAUGGAAAUAUUGGUGCUGAAUACGGACCUCCUCCUUCUAACGAGUAUGGCCUACCACCCGCAUUCCCUGAUCCAAGGCACCCAUCUGGACCUACUGGAUCAUAUUCUGAGCCUAAUGCAGAUAUCGUUCCUGCUCCACAAGCUCAGACUUCAUCAUCUUCGACGUCCAAUCCGCCAAAUCUUUCAUCUCCUGCUCCUCAGACCAGCGCCCAAAGUAGUAACGAAAUACAUUUACCACCACCUCCGCCACCUGGUCUACAUAAUUUGUAUAAUACAGUAAAAAGAAAAGGCACCAAUGUAAAUGAUGAAAUCGAAGGUAAUUUGGCGACAUUAGGAGGUCGUCCUCGAUCUGUAGAAAAUCUUCCUGCAGAAUUACAAGGUGUUAGGCGUAGAAGACGAAGCCCAAAUGUCAUGAAUGUUGUGGUUAGUCAUGUUUAUAAACGAGAAACUCAGGAAAUGACCGAUGUAAAUACUAGUAGAACAAUCCAAGUUGUUGCCCCAGGUGAUGUAAACUUCGCACUUAAUGCAGCACAAAACAAUGAAACUGUUGUGAUUCAAUCUGCUUCAUCGCAAGAUCCAGAAACAAUAUGCAUGUCAGUUCCUAGUUUUGUAGCGGGGCUUGUAAUGCUGUUGCUAGUCUUAAUUGUAGCUAGUUUAGUUGCUGCCUUCUUAUUUGUAAGAGUGCGUGCUAUCGAUAGAAAAGGCCUAGCGACAACAUUUGUUAGUCCAUUGACAUACGAUAAUUCAGAUUUUGUGAAGGUUGCAAAUAAUUAAUGAUCCUGUCAAGGUUAAAGCGCGAAAAAUUGAAGGUUCCAAAGAUGUUUAGGUUUAGCAGGUGAUGAGGGUACUUUUUCGAUGACCAUUUUGAUUGAUGCACUCUUUUGGUCAGGAAGAACUAUUUUAUCUUAUGCUCGUUAUCAGCAUUACUUAUGCUGAUAUCGUAGCAUGACCAUUUUAUUUAUUCUUAUUUAUUGCUUUAAUUUAUUAAUUGGACUUCUUGAGAUUAUUCAUUAUUAGUAUGUUAUUUUAAAAACACUUAUAUAUUUAUUUAACAAUAAUGAUGCAAAAGUUUACGAUGUCUUAUGAUAUGGUAUUUCUUUGGAAAUUUGCGAGUAGGUUAGUUAACCUGAUUAAAUGUCCAUCUAAGUAAAAUAUUGAUGCGUUGAUCUUGAGUAGGUAAUUUAAAUCAACUAAUUAAUGUAAAAAACCAUCGUAUAAAAUGUGGCGCAUGAACAGUCGUUUUGAAACAUAUUAUAAUUAUGUGAUAUGUAUCAUGAAAUAUGCAAGAAUAAGUUGAGUCUAAACAUUAGCCAGUAGACUUUUUUUUAUUAUGAUGUAUAUAAUGGAUGUAGAUUUAUGUAAAGUAAUACUCAAAUUUAUUUAUUUUUUUAAUCAAAAUCUUGUUAGCUACCUAUUUUAUAACUGUUAUGAGACCCUGUGACUUGUCUUGUGAGUAAUUUUUGUUAUUUUUUUAACUGAAACUACAAAAAUGACCUUUUUGUUAUAUGCGUGUUCUUUAAAUAAAAUUAUUUAUUACUUAA